AACUCCCCUCCAAGCAAGCGCGCCAUGCUCCAUUUGAUCUCCAACGCUGUAGCUCUGCAGAAGCGGGAAGCGAUGACGAUCCGCCAGGCGAGUUGCCACGUGAAGCCAGCCGGCAACUGGCGGGGCCGCCGCCGGCUGCGAGCGCGCGUCGGCGGCGUCCGGUUGGGCCUCCUGCUCCGGCUACGAGUGCGGCUGUCCGGCGUCCUCAGCCUGCUCCUCCGGAGCGUGGAGGAGAUCCGGUGCCGCCCCGGCGGCGCAGCCAGGUGGUCGGCGCCGCAGCCGAGAUCGCGUGGGCCGGCGCAGUGCCACGGCCGGCGCCCCGAGAGGGACCAGAGCUCAUUUUAUGCGGAGGCCAUCGCCGAGUGUCUCGAGUUCAUCAAGAGCAGAUCGUCCUACUGUCCUGCUUGAGGGAUGGUAGGGAUUGCUAGUUUGCAUGCGACAACUCCCGGUUUGCUGUGGUGCAUAGCGGUGUUCUUUUUCUUUUUCACCCUCCCUCUCUCACCUUGGUGUCACUUAAUUUGUCUAUGUUGAUUUGUAGCUUCGUCAAUGAAUUAGUUGAUUGUACCUAUAGUUCUAUGAUUGAUAUGAAAUAAUUCAUAUCUUAUCUUUCUAUUAUUAA